UUCUUCGGAAGAGGCUGGUCAACCACCGGUGCCAGCAGAAACGGCGAAGCACCGGCGAGUCGGCGACGGCGACCAAGCCGUGGCGGAUGGAGCGCCGCAGCGGCGUCCGCGACGCGCUCGCUCCGCCGCCGACUCCAUCCAUUUCCUUCCGCAUGGAGGCCCUCCCCGAGGAGAUUCAGCUUCUUGUACUAUCGCUGCUGUCACUGAAAGAUGCUGCAAGGGCAAGCACUGUAUCGAGAAACUGGAGAAAGCUCUGGACAUGGCACCCUAAUCUAUGCUUUGAUGGCACCAAAAGUGGGUCUGCUGAUGAGGAUAGUGUCAAAAUAGAAAAGGCAAAGUUCAUUGAGACGGUUAAUGCUAUUAUUCAGCAGCACAGUGGAAUAGGGCUCAAUAAGUUCAGUAUCAGGUGUAGCCUUCAGAACAACUCCUCAGAUCAUCUUGAUAGGUGGAUUUGCUUUGCGAGUGCAGCAAAGGCUAAGAUUAUAGAUCUGAACCUGCAGCCAAAAAGGAACGAUGCAUGUCGAACUGAAAACGUUUAUCACUUCCCUCUUGAGGCUUUAAGUGCUCAGGGUUUCCCUUUUAUCCAGUCCUUGUUUCUCACCAAUGUUUCUAUAGAGGCACUCUCAGAUAUAUGCAGCUUUACAAAACUCAGGAGGCUUCAUUUGCACCAUGUUCAAAUAAUUGGAGAUCUUCCAGGGUUGCUAUUAAAUUGUUCUAUUCUUGAGGAUUUGGAGCUUAUUGCCUGCUCUGGUGUGGCUGAUCUGAAUAUAACACACCAACUAGCUAAACUUAGACAUUUGCUAAUUUCCAAUAUGUGUGUCCACAAGGUCGAUUUUCAUGUUGCCGGUCUUACUCAUUUUGGAUACAAAGGGGAUGUGAUUCCUAUAGUGCUUCAUGGUUGCACAAAAUUAGAGAAGGUAACUCUCACAUUUCAGAUGCCGUUGCAUGAACAAGUCAGCAAUAAAGGUCUGGGCCAUGCCAUCACCGGAAUUCCCAGUAUUUCGGCAGUCAAGGAGCUAAACAUACGUGCUUAUAUGCAGGAAGACCAACCGAUCUGGUCCUCGCAGGUGCCUAGGAUGACAAGACCGACAUUCAUGUUUGUGAAUUUGAGGCAUCUGACCUGUGAAAUAACUAUUUUCACUAAUAGCCCAAAUACGCACACUGGAAUUCUUCAGCUGGCUCACUGCUUGGAUUGUGCACCCCAACUGGAGACACUGAAACUGCAUAUGCAAUACCAUGUGAUGGGCAGCCGCUGCUGGCCUGGUGAGGGAAUCCUCCCUAUGCGCCGCCUAGAUCACCUCAAGACGGUCUACAUGAGCGGGUUCCGGUGCUACCGGCCUCAGGUCGAGCUGCUGCAUGGCAUUCUGGAAAAUGGUGCUGCGCUUGAGCAUGUAACCAUUGAACCAACGGUGACGCUCUAUGUUGAUAGCAUAGCGAACAUAGGUGUACCUGAGGACAAGAUUUGUGAAUGGGCGCACCGUGCCUCGGAACGCUUUGGUAAAGCCAUCACUGUCGUAAAAGCCCAUCGACGGCGGUGGUCGUAGUGCCGUGCAUACAACUUGUAUUUACUUAGGGUUGAGUGAGUGAGCAAAAGUGUGUUGUUUACUGUACGUGCUUUGUUUCCAUGAGAGUAAAUUUGUGUCCGUGUUAGGA